GCCGAACCGGCCCAAGCACGUGUCGCGCCGACUCGAUUGACGCCCUCUGGCCGAGGGCCGGUCUGUGGUGGCCAUUUCGCGACGGUCUCUCUCGCUCCUUCGCGACCGGCUGACAACGGCGACGAUGUCGACGUCGACGGGCACGUAGACGUGGGCUCGGACUCGGACUCGGACUCGGACUCGAACUCGGAUUCGCAAGUGGACUGUCGAAUCGGCUCUAACCUGCUCUGA